AUUGAAGGGAGAACCAUGUCGCGAGACGGUACGGCAUAGAAAUUGCGUCCGUCGCAGUCGUGAGAACACGUCGAGCGACCGCGGAUUCGUUUUGUGAUGUAUGUGCAGACAUGGAUAAUAACAUGCCGUCUCAGGACCUCCCGCCCGACUUGGAUGCCCUCGUAGACUUCAUCGCCGACGAUACGCGGGCUACCCUUAUCCUUGAGCUCGCGACAUCGAGCUCAGUGUACCGCAACAUUGCCUUUGACACACUGGUGGCCACCGAGUCUCAGUCUUCCGUCUCACCUGGCUGGCUCGAAUUGCUGAUCUUCAGUGCGUGUGACGCGACGACCCUGAAAGCUCGACAGACCGAGGAGCUCGGUAGCUUUGCCUCCCACCAGUGGUCAAGAAAGAGAAUUGGAACACAAUGGAUUGCUGUCACAUGCCUUGACUCGUCAGUCAGGGAUUUCCCCUCUGACAGGCCAAAGGAUGACGCUCGGAAGAACGUCCCAGAGACAAUUCCCCUCCUCCGCCACGAGUCGGAGACGUCCACUACCUCAGCUUCGACUCAUACCUCCAAUUCUAGCACCUUUGAUGUGGAUGCGCCUCUUGAAGACAUGACCGUGGACUGGCUCUUGUUCCCUCACCUCACUUCGGAUCCUUUCAUUGAUUUUCUCAUCCAUCACAACUGGCAAGACAAAGCUAUAGGGCCUAUACAUGCCUGGCCUACAAUGCUUCGACAGAUGUAUACAACCAUUCUCGCUUCUAGAGAGCCUCGUAUCUUGUAUUGGGGUAAUGAUAUGCUCAUGCUCUACAAUGAACAAGCCCGCUUCGUCACCGGCGAGAUGCAUACCGUCUCUCUAGGAGAACCUUUCAAACAAGUCUGGGGAGAGGCCAUCGAUACUGAAAUUGUUAAGAUGAUCAAGACCGGUAUCAAGAGAGGCAAGCCUGUCUGCCAGCGAGACUACGAACUUAUCUUGACGAGAUAUGGCUUUCCUGAAAGUUGUUUCUUCGAUCUCGUCUUUCUUCCCAUACCCUCUCCGGAGGGACGUUAUCUGGGCGUGCUCACAGAGUUCACCGAGAUCACAGAAAAAGUGCUGCAAAGAAACCGACACGAAGUCUCUAGGUCUCUGUUGGAGAACAUCUCAAAGGCAAUCAAUCUACAAGACCUCUGGCAGAGAUUCGUACAUACGCUUGAGUCCAACUCCAGAGAUAUCUCAUAUGCAGUGGUAUACACCAGAGCCACGUCUUCAUCAGAGAGUGAUCAAGAUGCGUUCCAAUUGGAGGCCAACUGCAACGUAGAGAGCCUUCAGAAACAUCCAUCACAUAUGGUCAUCACAGCCCUCAAUCGCUCUACCACUGAAGUCAUCAUUCUACAACAAAGCAAAGGCACCCUUCCGCCAGAACUGGCGGUGUCUGUUUCAGAGGUGGGAAAUGUCGACGCAGCCUACAUCCUUCCAGUCAUAGGUUUAGAUGGUGUUCGUCUCUCUGGUAUCGUUGUCCUGGGUUUGAACCCAAGAAGAGCUAUGAGUCCGAGCAUACGCCAAUUUGCGGAGUCCAUACGCGACAUGCUGUUCAAGUCCGUUGCUUUGUUCUCACUGCCUAUGGAACAACGAGAAUCUCGCGAAAUCUCUCGAGCACUUUCUCAGCAACUAGAAACCAUGACCAUGAAGGCAGAGAGAAGUGAACAGAACUUUGCCAGAAUGCUACGUGACGCUCCAAUAGGCAUGUGCAUGCAUCGAGACGAUGGGCACUGUGUUUACGUCAACGAUGUAUGCCUUGAGCUUCUUGGUAUGAGUAAAGGCCAGUUUUUCAAAGCCGCGGAAGUCGGGCUAGCCUGGCGCGAUGCUGUGCAUGACGAAGACUUUGAGACAGUUAAUCAGGCCUGGAACACCGCAAUCGAGAAAGGCACACCCGCAAGCGCCGAAUUCCGUGUCAAAGCAUUGUCGUCGCAAGGCGAAACCCGAUGGCUUGAAAUCAGCGCACAGCAGCGCCACGACAGAUCGGGAAAUCUAGAGUACCUCUACGUUUGGCUUAGGGACAUCUCCACUAGAAAGCAGUUGGCCGAACAAAAGCUUGCAGAUGCUCUGGAAACUAAAAGGAGAUCAGAAAUCUUCAUCGACAUGGUAUCACACGAGAUGCGCAAUCCUCUUGGUGCAAUUUUGCUGCUCACGGAUGCCAUCUUGUCUUCGCUGCCACCAGUGAUGGGCACUGACCAACUCUGCACUCUGACACCUGAGAUAAGACAUACCCUUGUGGAUAUUGCAGCAAACAUUCAGCUAUGCGCAAAGCAUCAAAAAGUCAUCAUUGACGAAGUGCUAACCUUUUCGCGGCUAGACUCGAAGCUUCUGGUCCUUGCGCCAGAAAAAAUCUCUCCAUCGGAGACAGUGCAGUCGGUGCUGAAGAUGGUCAAGGCAGAACUUGAUUACGACAAGAUCCAGGGCUUAUUGGAAAUACAACAAAGCUACGUUGAUCUCGCUGUUAGCAAUGUCUUACUUGACCCCGGUCGCCUCUCGCAAGUUAUACUCAAUCUGAUGACCAACGCUAUUAAGUUCACAAAGAACUCCAGCAAGCGACAAAUCACAAUCAGUAUAGCUGCAUCUCGUACCAAGCCGACUGCCAGUGAUUGCCGAGUUACGCUGAUCGACCCUCGCGAAGACAAGCCUGCUAAGGCGGCUCGGCGAAUGUCAAUAACCGAUGAGCCUGUCGGCGAAGAUGUGUAUCUUAUCAUCAGUGUUCGCGAUACUGGUUGUGGACUCACAGCGACCGAAAUGGGCCACCUUUUCCACAGAUUUAGCCAGGCUUCACCAAAAACAUACAAGCAGUAUGGUGGGAGUGGGCUUGGCUUGUUCAUCAGCCGUGAGCUGGUAGAGCUACAAGGAGGUCAGAUUGGUGUGCAUAGUGAAUUUGGCAAAGGUAGCACCUUCGCAUUUUACCUUGAGACAGCACGUGUCGAAACAUCCGUCCAACCGCCAUCUGCCAAAAUAGCUCAGACAUCCAUCAGUGACCACAUGCGAGUGGUGGAUGGUCCAGCAGCCCUCCGGACGCAAGCGCAGGAUCUCCAUGUUUUAGUCGUCGAGGACAACGCAAUCAACCAGAAGAUCCUCGCUCAGCAACUUCGAAAAACGGGAUGUGCCAAGGUUCACGUUGCAGACCAUGGUGUCGAUGCUCUGGAGCUGCUGUCAACUACAACUUUCCACAAAGCCGCCGGUCUGGAGCAGUUACCCUUGUCCGUCAUCUUACUUGACGUCGAGAUGCCUAUCAUGGAUGGUUUGGCAUGCGCACGACGCAUUCGCGAGCUCGAACGAACCAAGGAGAUCAUCCGGCACGUACCGAUCAUUGGUAUCACAGCAAACGCUCGUGUAGAACAGAUUGCUUCUUGCAUCGAUGCUGGUAUGGACGAGGUUGUGACGAAACCAUUCCGCGUUAUGGAUCUACUGCCUCGCAUGAUGGCGCUGGUUGAUCAGCAUAGUCCAAUAGCUUGAGUCGUUCCUCAAUCCUUAGUGCCGCACAUCCUCUUUUUGAAGAAUCUUACGGCCACACGACAGAUCACUCGCCACCGAAGUCCCACUUUCCCUCACGUCGAUGCCAGCUCGACG